AUCCUCCUCUUUUUGCUGAGGAAGAUUGGCCCUGAACUAACAUUCGUGGCCAUCUUCCUCUACUUUUAUAUGUGGGACACCUACCGCAGCGUGGCCUGAGCCAUGCUGGAUCCGUACCCGGGAUCCGCACCCGCGGACCCCGGCCGGAAGCGGAACGUGCGCACUUAACCGCUGCGCCACCGGGCCGGCCCCUCUUUGCGUUUUCUUGAUCGCGUCUUCGUAGCACAAGAGCUUUUAAUUUUAAUGAAGUUCAACUUAUCCAUUUUGAGUUGAUUUCAUGUAUGGUAAGGGUCGCAGUAUUUUUGUUGGGUUUUUUGCAUAUGGAUAUCCAAUUCUCCUAGCUCCAUUUGUUGAAAGGAUUGGGCAGGUACCGUUGAGCAGUGCAGGCUGCACAGCACAGGGCCACGCUGCAUGCAGUCAGACUGCGGUGUGUGCACUGGCGCUCUACGGUGAGCACAAAAAGGACAGGCUGACUACGGAGGGUCUCUGGGAGGCGCUUUCUGCCGGGGCUGCCUCCGCGGGGCGGCAGCACUACAACUCCCAGCACGCACCGCGCGCGCCUCCCGUGGGGCUGCGCGGCUGGCCGAGCGCGGGCUCCGGCGCCGGACGGUUUCGGACCGCGGCCUCCGAAGGCCGCGCAGGCGGACGGCGAGCGGCACGAGCUCCCCGCUGACUCGCCCCGCCUCCGGCGUUGGGGCCUCCCUCUCUGGCCGGGGCCAGGCUCAUCGCUUCCUCGUCCUUCCCGCCGGGACUAACCCUUGAAGACCAACCGCAGCCGAGGGUCGCCGGCCCGGCCAGCGGUGAGGGGAGGGUCUGCUUUUCCCGGAAAGGGCAGGCCGCCGGCCGGGUCUCGAGGGGAGCCCAGGAGAGGCGGCGGGAUGCGCAAGCGCACAGACUCCCCUCCGCUCGGGUGGGAGCUUCGGCCGGGCAGGGCUUACCCUUUAGCAGCCCCCUCCAAGUGUGCGGGCCCAGCCUCGGCCACCAGGUCCCACGAGACCCCUCUGGGCUCCUCAACACCACAUGCCAGCUGCCUGGACCUGUGGAGGCAAAGGAAUGAUCAGCUAGUUCGACAGGCCAAGGUGGCUCAGGGUCUGUCUCUGAGGCGACAGCAGUUGGCUCAAGAUGCACUGGAAGGGUUCAGGGAACUUCUCCAUUGUCUGCAGGGGCUCCCUGCCGCUGUUCCUGUUCUCCCCUUGGAAUUGACUGUCAUCUGCAACUUUAUUACCCUGAGGGCGAGCCUGGCCCAGGGUUUCACUGAGGACCAGGCACAGGGUAUCCAGCAGGGCCUAGAAAGAGUACUGGAGACCCAGGAGCAGCUGGAGCCCAGGCUGGAAUGUGGGCUGAGUGCGCUGUGGGAUUCCGUCCUCCAUUCUUCCUCCCUUCUACCGGAGCUGCUCCCUGCCCUUCACCACCUGGCUGCUCUGCAGGCUGCUCUCUGGCUGACCACUGACCAUCUUGGGGACCUGACUUUGCUGCUGCAGACCCUGAAUGGCAGCCAGAGUGGGGCCUCUGAGGAUCUCUUGCUGCUUCUAAAAACUUGGAACCUCCCAGCUGAGGAGUCAGAUGCCCCACUGACCAUACAGGAUGCCCGGGGCUUGAGGGAUGUCCUUCUGACAGCAUCUGCCUAUCGCCAAGGCCUCCAGGAGCUGAUCACAGGGAGGCUGUCCAGGGCACUAAGCAGCCUGCAUGAAGCGGCCUCAGGUCUCUGUCCACAGCCUGUGCUGGUCCAGGUGUACACGGCCCUAGGAACUUGUCUCAGUAAGAUGGGCAAUCCACAGAGAGCCCUGCUGUACUUGCUUUCAGCUCUGAAAGGAGGAUCAACCUGGGGUCCCGCACUUCUGGAGGCCUCCAGGCUAUAUCGGCAACUGGGGAACACCGCAGCAGAGCUGGAGAGCCUGGAGCUACUGGUUGAGGCCUUGAGUAUUACUCACGGUUCUGAAGCCCCCCAGCUUCUCAUUGAGGUAGAGUUGCUACUCCCACGACCUGAGCCAGCCUCACCCCUUUACUGUGGCACACAGAGCCAGGCCAAGUACCUGCUAGCAAGCCGAUGCCUACAGACAGGAAGGGCAGAGGACGCUGCGGAGCAUUACUUGGACCUGUUGGCCCUGUUGCUGGAUGGCUCAGAGCCAAAGAUCUCCCCACCCCCUUGCCCCACAGGGCCCUGUAUGCCUGAGGUGUUCUUGGAGGCAGCAGCAGCGCUGAUCCGGGCAGGCCGCGCACAGGAUGCUUUGACUGUAUGUGAGGAGCUGCUCAGCCGCAUGUCAUCUCUGCUUCCCAAGAUGCCCCAGCCGUGGGGAAAUGCCAGAAAAGGAACCAAGGAGUCACCACAUUGCCCACCCUGGGUCUCUGCCACCCAUCUGCUUCGGGGCCAAGCCUGGGUGCAACUGGGGGCCCAAAAAGAGGCAAUUAGCGAAUUUAGCCGGUGCCUUGAGCUGCUCUUCCGGGCCACGCCUACGGACAAGGAACAAGGACCUGCUUCCAACUGUGAGCAGGGGUGUACCUCAGAUGUGGCACUACAACAGCUUCGGGCAGCUGCCUUGAUUAGUCGUGGACUAGGAUGGGUGACCAGUGGCCAAGAUACCAAAGCCCUACAGGACUUCCUCCUCAGUGUGCAGAUGUGCCCAGGUAAUCAAGAUGCUUCCUUUCACCUGCUUCAGACUCUGAGGAGGCUGGAUCGGAGGGAUGAGGCCAUUGCUUUCUGGCGGAGGCUGGAGGCCCAAACUAAGUUGCCACAGGAGAAUGCUACAUGGUCUCUGCCCCUGUACCUAGAAACCUGUUUGAGCUGGAUCCGUCCCCAUGACCGUGAAACCCUUCUUGAAGAGUUUCAAACAUCUCUGCUGGAGCCUUGUGACCUGUAGCUGCCAUGUUUUGAAGAGCCUAAGCUGGGGGCCCACUGGGCCAUCUGUCUGUGGGGAGGGCUUUCUGGUUUACUGUCCUUUGGGAAUGUGGCUGGAGCUGCCCAUUCCUAUGUAAGUCUGACAUUGGAGAGGUUGGUGGUAGUCCUGCAAAAUUUGGCCUAGUUACUGCUGUUCUGGUUCCCUGCCAGUAGCAAGGCAUUGACUUUGCUCAUGCCGCCUCUUUUCCUGUUUCCCCUUUUCUUGUAUUGAGUAAAAUUUCCUAUGUA